GACGAACAUAAAAGUGCUUGCAGGAGGACGACAACCAAAUGCAUUCACUUACUCUCUUAACAGUCUUUUAGCUCAGAGAACUUGGAGAGAUGGCAGAGAAAGACUUUAGGUCUUUAUCAGAGGAAAUCAGUUCCUUCUGUCUAGUUACCGAGGCUCGUUCAGGGACACAAGUUACCCAGCCCUUCCCACGCUCUCCAAAACUGAUCAGGAGAACUGGAGCCAUCUCUCCAAAACCCUUAGAGCUGCCAGUCUGGUUGGAUGACUUGAAGAAGGAGAGGAAAAGAACAGAGUCCCAUCUGGAAUCUAUGAAAAAGCGGCAAGCAAACCUGAAUAUGAGCUCAGAGGCAAUGAAGCAGCAGGUACAGGAGUGCUUUGAGGAGCUACAUAUGGCUCUGCAGGAGGAUGAGAAGGCUGUUCUGGACAUGAUAGAGCAAGACCGCCGGGAGACCAGCAGUAAACUAAACCGAAUUCUUCAAGACUGGAAUCAACACCUUGGCCUCCUGCAGAAACACAUCAGCACUAUUCAAUCAGCUCAACAGAGCCCAGCAGAAUCCUUGAAGCAGCCUUUUCCUGAGGAUUUUACCUGUCGUAAGAAACUGGACCCAGCUGAAGAGGAGAUCAAAAUGAAUGAGGAAAGGAUCCAUAAGAUCAUGAAGGUUCUUAGGAACAUCUCAAAAGAUCUGAAAGCCCAGCUACAACGAAAGAACCUGCUGCUGGACUCCUCUAAUGUGGUGAUUGACAAACGGACCUGUCACAAACAGAUCAAGGUGACCUCAGAAGGACGGGGCCUGUGCCUUUCCUCAGAGGACCGCUGCAUUCCCAAUGACCCUCUAAGGUUUGAUCAGUUAUACUGUGCCUUGGGCUCUGUUGCUAUUAAAUCUGGGCAGCACUACUGGGAGGUAGAUGUGCACUGCUGUCCAUCAUGGGCUGUGGGCGUGGCUUAUGGUAGCCUACAGAGGAGAGGGCGGGACAAAGGUGCCAAGCUCGGACGGAACAGGUGCUCGUGGAGUCUUGAGUUUCAGGAUGGGCAUCUCACGGCCUGGCACAACGAUCGACAUGUGGCACUACCCGUCACAGCAACUCGGGCAGCACCAAACAGAGUAGGGGUGUUUGUAAAAUAUCAGAAGGGUCGUUUGGUGUUUUAUGAUGCUGAGACUAUGAGAACGCUGCAGGAGUUUUCAGCAGUGCAAACAGCUGUGUUUGACAGAGCACAUCAUCAAUUCACUGAGCCUCUAUACCCAGCCUUCUGCUUUUUUUCAUCCAAAGACAAAGGCCAUCAUCAUAUGGAAAUAUGCAAUCUCAGUCUUUAAUUCGCAAUAUCGAAAACGGUUGUGCUGUGUACUUUUUGUCUUCGAUAAAAAUACAAUUAACCCUUUAACUAUUUUGAAAUUGGA